AUUACAAAAUUAAUUAUUAUAAUAAUAUGCUUAAUUAUAAGAUUUAUUUUUAUACAAAUAAAACAUCCUUUAUCAAUAGGUUUAAUACUAUUAAUUCAAACAUUUUUAACAUGUUUAAUUACAGGAAUUUAUGUUAAAUCUUUUUGAUUUUCUUAUGUAUUAUUUUUAAUUUUUUUAGGAGGAAUACUAAUUUUAUUUAUUUAUGUUACUUCAUUAUCAUCAAAUGAAAUAUUUACUAUAUCUUUUAAAUUAACAAUAUUUAGAUUAGUUUUAUUUUCUCUUAGUAUAGUAAUUUUCUUUAUUUUAGAUAAAACUUUGAUUGAACAAUUUAUUAUUAAUAUAGAAAUAGAAAAAUUUUCAAUAACAAAUAAUUUAAUUAACGAAAAUAUUUUAUCAUUAAAUAAAAUAUACAAUUUUCCUACAAAUUUAAUUACAUUACUACUAAUUAAUUAUUUAUUUCUUACUUUAUUAGUAACAGUAAAAAUUACAAAAAAAUUUUAUGGACCAUUACGGCCAAUAAAUUAA